AUGGCUCCAGAACUUAGAAAGAGAAAAUCUGUUUCCGAAGUUCAGAAGAGCAACGGCGCCACCACCAAGACGUCGGACAAGCCUACUCCCAAGGGCAAGAGAAAAGCCGCCGGGGAUGUCUCUCCAGUUUCGUUAAAGAAGCAGAAGCCUUCUAAAAAGGCUGCAGCACCUGAAAAGCCUGUUGCGAAAUCACCAAGAGAACCCAAACCUGAAACGGCAGAAAAGGAGGCCGAGGAAAAGGAUGAUGUCUUGGAGAUAGAUGACUCCGACGACUCAGAGGGUGAGGACAAUGAGAAUGUAAAGACUCUGGCUGCCGAGAUCGACUCGGGUGACGAAGCACCGGUCGACAAGACCCUGUCCUUCAAACCCGGCCAAGACGUCGGUAAGAUUCCGCAUGUCACCAAGGAGCUUGCAAAGGCAGCCAAGAAGGCUACUGGUGAACCGGGCGUUCUGUACAUCGGUCGAAUUCCCCACGGUUUCUACGAGCACGAAAUGAGACAAUACCUCUCCCAGUUCGGGCCUGUGACGCGCCUUCGCUUAUCGAGAAACAAGAAGACCGGUGCCAGCAAGCACUUUGCCUUCGUCGAGUUUGAGGAAGCGACCACUGCUGAGAUUGUUGCCAAGACUAUGGACAAUUACCUGCUAUUUGGGCACAUUCUCAAGUGCAAGACGAUCCCCAAGCAACAGGUCCAUGAGGAUUUGUUCAAGGGAGCCAACAGACGGUUCAAAAAGGUUCCUUGGAACAAGAUGGCCGGCCUGAAUCUGCAGAAGCCAUUGGCCGAGUCUGCCUGGAAGAACAAAUUGGACAAGGAGAAGGAUAAGAGAGCCAAGAGGGCUGCCAAGUUUAAGCAUAUGGGAUACGAGUUCGACGCUCCAGAUCUCAAGGACGUGCCGCCUCCGCAAGCCGCAGAAAAUAAUGUGGAGGAACCCAAGACUAUAGAGGCUGCUCCUGUGGAGGAACCUGCCGAAGAAGAGACCAAGGCAACAAAGACGCCCAAAGCAAAAGGAUCUGCUGCCGAGCCUGAGUCGAUACCCACGCCCAAAGCCAAGGCCGGCAAGGGUACUAAAGGCAAGGCAAAGAAGGUCAAGGCCUGA